GGAUAGGUAGGAUGGUCUCUGACGUGACAGCAUGAGAUUAGCAGAGUCAGGUCAAAAGGCUCUGGAGUAAACCAUUGUCCGUCUGCUGGCAGGCGCUCUUGUUUUUUUUAUUAGCGUCAGCAUUUUAUCGCCACACGCUGAAAUGCGCCUGCUCUUCCUAGCCUGCUUAAGUCCUAAAACAGGAAACUGUACCACUGCCGAAAGAAUAAGGAAUCACAUCGUGGCUGCAGGACACAUUUGUGUGCUGUGUGAUACAAGAGAGUUUAGUUCUGCCUCUGAUGUAUCAUCCCUGAUGACGCAAGAGCCGCGGGUCGAGGCUGCGCUGGCCAUUCAUCUUUUCAAAGGAGGCAGGCUUCUUUUAGAUGCUGGAGUGCCGUUUGGAGUGGUCUUCGGAGGGACGGAUGUCAACGAGGACGUAAAGGAUGAGCACAAACGAGCUGUGAUGGAGGAAGUUUUGCGCAAGGCCAGGUUUGCUGUGGCGUUCACCGAUGCAUUGAAAGAACAGGCUCAGGUGCUCCUGGAAUGUGAGAACAAGAAGAUCUGUGUGCAGCCUCAAGGGAUCGAAACCAAAAUGGCAUUACAUUUCUGUUGGAGCGACUUCUUACACAGCACAGGUGUGCUUACCAAUCAAGUGGAAAAUCUACAUGUUUUUCUGCUGGUAUGUGGACUCAGACGAGUUAAGGAUCCUCUGUAUCUUUUAGAAGCUUUUGCAGAAUGGCACAGUCAGAACCCUCUAGUGGUCCUCAUCAUCAUUGGCCCAGUGAUAGAUCCGGUGUUUACCGCAGAGGUUGAGGAGAGUGUCAAGAGGUCUGUUGGAGUGUUUCUGGCAGCUGAUUUGAGUCAGGAGGAGCUGCACUCUGCCAUGCAGAAAUCAUUUGCCCUGGUCAACUCGUCUCUCUCAGAGGGAAUGUCUGCUGCCAUCUUAGAGGCAAUGGAUUUAGGUUUGCCUGUUUUAGCGAGGGAUGUUCCUGGAAAUGCUGCAAUAGUUGAGCACAAGGUCACAGGAUUGCUGUACUCAAGCCCUCAGGAAUUUGUAAGCAUGUCCAGAAAGCUUCUGGAUGACCAUGAGCUCCAGGAAAGACUGGUGAGAAAUGGAAAGAAUUACAUUACAACAUGCCACAACCCAGGGAAGGAGAGAAUAACCUAUCAGAAACUGGUGGAGACUCUUCAUUGACAGUGUGAUGGGAUUAACAUUUGUCUCAGGUCUUUCUUUU